GCCAUGGACUGGUCGGAUCACGCUCUCUGGUGGCCAAACCGUAACUCGUGGCUUACCAGGACCCGGUCGACAUUAGAUCAGUACGGAGUGCAAGCUGACGCCAAGUUGCAAUUCACCAGAAUGCACAAAACUGCACGCAUCCAGUUGCCCGAUCUCCGGUACGUGGACAUGCGCGUGGACUUCUCCAUUAAAACGUUCAACGCCGUCAUACAGAUAUGCAAAGAGCUUAAUAUCAGACACCCGGAAGAAUUGUCGCUGAGCAAGCCACUGGAACCGUAUCACCUGAAGCACAACAUGAAGGAAAUGCAAUACAACGGCGGUCAAACGCCAUCGGCCGACACCAACUCGUUCGCUGUCAACAGCCACAGCCCGUCCGGCUCCACCGGAAGCCUUGACAUGACAUCUUCGCCGUUCAUAUGCGCUCCACUAAAACAUCAUUCUACGCCGAUCAGUUCACCUGUGUCUCAAAAUGGCACUUGGAAGAAAGGAUACAGCAAACCGGAAAUGAACGGCAACGUAACUUCACUGGAAAUGUUAAACGGCUCCCUCGAUUCGUCUCUGGCCAACAGCCCACUUUCGUUAAAUCAAGAGGUGCGAAACAAAGUCUUGAAACCAAAGUCUUUGGUGGAGAAAGCUAGAAUGAACGUGGCAUGGUUGGAUUCGUCACUGUCGAUCAUGGAACAAGGCGUCAGGGAAUAUGACUUGUUGAAAUUACGGUUUAAAUUCUAUUCUUUCUAUGAUUUGAAUCCCAGGUUAGAUUCUGUACGCAUAAACCAAAUAUACGAACAAGCCAAAUGGAGUUUGUUGAGUGGUGAAAUCGAUUGUACUGAAGAGGAAGCUUUAAUGUUUGCUGCACUACAAGUUCAAAUAAAUCUAAAAGCCAGCGUACCACAACCGCUUAUAGAGACGUCAGGUGGAGACGACGAUAUCGAUGCUGCUCUGUCAGAUCUUCAAAUAACGCUUGAAGGGUUCCAGCCACAGAGCAAUGUCAACAAUUUGAUGCAUGCGCCUGAGUUGUCGGAUUACUUGAGAUUUUUAAAGCCCAAAAAGUUUACAUUGAAAGCGUAUAAACGGUAUUGGUUCACAUGCCGAGAUUUGCAUUUGCGGAUGUACAAAACGGCGGAAGACGCCGAGGUUGGUGCACUUCCCGUGCACAGUGUCAGUCUGAAGGGAUGUGAGGUGACGCCCGACGUGAAUAUUUCACAGAACAAGUUCGGCAUAAAACUGGAAGUGCCCAGUUCAGACGGCAUGACCGAGAUGUGUAUCAAAUGCGAUACCGAGGAGCAAUACGCAAAAUGGAUGGCUGCUUGUAGACUGGCGGCAAAAGGGCGCCCGUUGUCCGAUCACUCGUACGAGUCCGAAGUCAAAUCGAUCAAAGCGUUCCUCGAAAUGCAACAUCCGUCGAUCAUCCAGUCGCCUGUCAUUAGCCCGUCUUCGUUGGACAUAGCUGUUGAGGAUUACAUACCGCAUAGAUUUUACAAAAAAUUCAAGGGAAAAAUGAUCCAGCAGCGCAUAGUCGAAGCGCACGCCAACCUCAAGGACCUGACUCUGAUGGAGGCCAAGAUGAACUACAUCAAAGCGUGGCAGUCGUUGCCCGAGUUCGGCAUAUCGCUGUUCGUCGUCAAGUUUAUGGGCCACAAGAAAGAGGAGCUGCUGGGCAUAGCGUACAACCGUCUGAUGCGCAUGGACAUCGCGACCGGCGAUCACAUAAAGACGUGGAGAUACAACACGAUGAAGGCGUGGAACAUCAACUGGGAAGUCAAGCACAUGAUGGUGCAGUUCGAAGAGGGCAACAUAAUAUUCGCCUGCCAGUCGGCCGACUGCAAAGUCAUACACGAGUUCAUCGGCGGUUACAUAUUCUUGUCGAUGCGUUCCAAAGAGGUGAACCAGACGCUGAACGAGGAGCUGUUCCACAAACUCACCGGUGGCUGGUCAUAACCACGCCGCGGUGUCGCGCCGACCGGCGGCGACGCGGGGCGAGACGACGACCGUAAUAAUAAAAAUAAUAUUAUUAUCGUUCGUCUCGGUCCCGCAGCCGCCGCCCCCCCCCCAUCCUC